UGCGAAACGGCGGCAGUCGCUCUCGCACCGCGUUCGAUUCACGUCGCCGCUCCGCAACUCUCUCCUUCUUUGACCAUGAACAACUUUGACCUGAUCGAGCAGAUUCAUCUGCGUCUGCCCUUGUGGGAUAAAGUGCACAGCGAGAAGACUGAUACCAGCAUGCGAGAAGAGCUUUGGGACGAAGUGGCACACGUCAUGGGUUGUUCAAAGGAGAUCCUGAAGUCGCGCUGGAAGAACCUUCGAGAUUCCUACAGGAAGAUUAUCAGAAAGUCCGAUGGUAGGGAAUCAGAUCCCAAAUGGCCAUACUACAAUGCCAUGGAGUUCAUGAGAGAAAUCACCAUCAACGCCAGACCGAAAGUGAUGGACAUCACUAGGAAGGUGCCCAGUAUUGAACCGGACUACUCGCUGACGUUAGUACGUGAUAACGAAGAUUCCAUCGACCACAUAUCAGAUGGGAUUAAACAGGAGAAAAGUUUGAAGAGGCACGCUGCUGAUGAUCUGGUCACACAGUUCUUGGAAAUAGAAUCGGAGAAAAGUCAGGCUGAACAUGAAAAGGCAGCAGCUGCUGCUGUUGCUCGUCAUCUCUAUGACGAUGACGACUACCAGUUCUUGGUUAGCCUGCAACCUCACCUUAAGCAAGUAGCGCUCAACCGAAAACUACCGCUCCGGAUGAAGAUCGAACAACUUGUCUACGACGAGAUUUACGCUCACGGCGCUGCCACCAAUUGCUCCUACUGAUCUGACGACCUCCAACAUCUGAUUAUUACUAAACAUUUUUUUACUAAGACUUAGUCCUUAAGAGAUUUAUAUAUAC